AGCGUUGGCAGUGUUGCUGUUCAUCGCUCGUGUCAGCUCUUUCAUACUAUCGCCGCUGAUCAGCCUUUCUAAUAAUUCUAGCGUUGAAUUUCUCCACUCGAGCGGCGGUGCUGCUAUUGCUACCUCUGACCGCGAAAUAAGCAAUAAUACGCCACGUCUACAUACCGGCUACUCCUGCCCUGGUGUAGUGCAGCCAAACCGUGCGUGACCCCGUGGCUAGAUCAUCGGUACUUGGUGGUAAGCCAGAAGGAUCAAGGCGACGAGGGGGAUGACGGACGAAGAUGCCAACUUUGCCGCCGCUGCCGUGAGCAGUUUGUCCUCGGUUGUGUCGAUCAGUAGCGCUGGAUCGAAGGGUAAACGAAAUGGCAGCAGUGGAGGUGGCAGCAUACUGGGUUCCAGCCUGCAGCGCACCAGUCGACUGAUUGACGACGACGGAAUGAGUACCGGCAGUGCUGCGGCGGCAGCUCGCGAGCCACUGCUUCAGGACUCGAUGCGAAUGAAACACACCAAUCACCUGGUCACUGACGAGUACGGGUCGGUUGGCGAGGUGGAUUCGACGGUGCAGCACACCCUGUCGUCUGCGAGUGAGAAUACUCAGUUCGGUUCGGAAUUCUAUUCCUCGCGCGAGUACAACGUCCCGCCAGGUCUGGGAGGCAUACAGUUUCAUUUGGAUCCCGACUCAACUACAGUGUCGGGAGAAUACGUCAACAUUAUGGAGGACGAUGGAGAGCGACCCACCAGUCCGACAACGCUGGCUUUGCAGAAGUGCAAGAGCACUGUUGUCAAACCGUACCUGACGCUUCUCUCCCUGCUUGGGUGGUUUCCCAUCAUUCCCGACAACGGGACGCGGAAAGUCGUCAAGGCUAUCAACACUCUGUAUCCACUUCUGGCAGUGUGUCUCAUUCUCUUUGCGUACGUCGUGCAGUUUGCGGCUUGUUUCAGGCGAGAUGCGGUUCUCCUGGCAAACGGUACAAUUGAGUGCUACUCGAACGCUAUCGGCAGCUACCUGAUACCCGACGUUCUGCAUUCAGCCGCCUACAUCUACGCCUUCUACCUAUUCCGCUACCAGCAGAGCGAAAACCUGGUCACACUAAUGGAAAGAGUGUUUCUGCAAUCGUCCGUCGGUCAAUCAGGAUACAUGUCUCAGGACAGACUUAUAACACGUUUGAGGUACAUGCUGCGUUUCAACAUCCUCUGGGUAGUGCUGUCCCUCUUGUCGCAAGUCAUUCACGUAGUGGGCAUUGCCACGGAUCACGAUAUCGACAACGUCAUCAUAUCGUUCACCUGGAUGAAUGUCAGGACGUCAGCUGGUCAAGUGAGCCUGAUCGUUCUGAUGCUGAUCGGCUUCAUCGCACUGGACAUUGUGUACGCUGCCAUUGUCAUCAACUAUGCCACUCACUGCGAGCUCUUGAUUAUCAUGAUGCGUAGCAUGAGCACACGAGCGUUGCAGAAGGUUGCUUCACUGCAGGAAGUUAUGCGCGAGAUUAUGACGGCUCAGAAAUAUCUCAAGUACAUCAACGAGAGCGUGGCCACUGCCGUGUCACUGCUGAUGUUCAAUUUCGGAGCAGCUAUUGUCAUCGGUGUGCAGUCUGCAGUAAGCCAGAACAACAGUAGGGAUAGUGACUUGGUUAAUGACACUCUCUUCUCUGCCACCAUCAUCAGUUUGAUCCUGUGGUUGAUUAUGUUCAUGAUCCCGCUUGUUCAGGCUGCUCGCCUCAGUACGGCCUGCUGGUCGCUGGGCAAGAUUGGACAGGAGGUAGCUACACGACCAUUCGGCUUUCAGAACACCGGGCAGGAUGAACUGAACACAUUCCUCAUGUUCACAACCUCUCUUCAGCUACGGGCGAAGCUCUUCCGUAUUCCAAUUCGGUCGGCACAUCUGCUGAUCGUGCUGGUGGCUGGCGGGUUCGCGCUCAUGGUACUGCUCACAGUCUCCCCGCAGCUCUUCCAUCUCAAGUUCUGAGCACGCUCAGACUAAGCGUAGAUCAAGCUCAGAUUAACCGCGUGGAGAGUUCACCCUCGGCCUCCACCAGGAUGUUCUAGAAACCGCACACGUCACCACAUCCCAGUAUCCAAGUCUCUAUCACUUACUUGGGCAGAAGUGCAUCGUGGCCACGAGAAACCCGUAGGGUAUAGCUUGGGCAAGGAUGAAGAGGGAACUUGAGGCAUGCUGCCCAAUUAGACUGUAUUGGAGUGAUUCAGAUUAUCACAACGUUGAGCUUCAUCUUGAUAUGGGUGACCAUUCCCGGCGAACAACCACACUAUUGGUGCCGCGAUGGUGGUCACGGACGGACUGCAGUGGACUUCAAGAAGCCCUGGAUUCGGCCAGGGACCAUCAUGUGUAUUUCCUUUCCUUUUCACAAACUGCUUGAAAUCAGCCCACGUAGUUGUCUCUCUUGACCUGAAGAGUAAGUCAGACAGAAGGAUGGCAUCAGUAUACCGUGUAAGAGAAGUGAAACACAACUGACUGGUCUAGGAUUACAUGUACAUGUAUAUGCAAGUAAUUAGUUCCAAUAAGGAAACGAAAGGGUAUCGCGUGCAAAAUUGAUAGAUCCCAACCUUUAUUGGUCUUGAACUGUGAUUAUCGGAUUUGAUCUAUAUCUCUCAUACUUGAUUCUUUUUGCUAUUUGCUUGAUAAUUCCUUCUCUAUUCGCACAAAGUAUUGGCAUGCGAGUGACAAAAUAAUUAUUUUGAGGCUGGUCAAGGCUGGCAAGACUAUUUCUGCAUUUGUAGAAAACUGUCGAGCAACUGACUGGAGCAAAUCCUCUUCAAGUGCGAAUAUAUAUAAUUCGAGUAUUUUGUUUUGCCAGGAAUAGGACGUUUCACCCUCCGA